CACUCACUUCUGUAAAAGUGAAACUAACACAGUCAUUCUGACUGAGUGGAGACAUGGCGCAGCGAGCUCUAAACCAGGAAACCAUAACUUGUCCCAUCUGUUUGGAUCUACUGAAGGAGCCAGUGACUCUUCCCUGUGGACACAGCUACUGCAGAGACUGUAUCCAAACCAACUGGGACCAAGAGCAAAGGUACAGCUGUCCUCAAUGCAGACAGAGCUUUGUCCCCAGGCCUGUCCUGGUCAAGAGCACAGUGUUAGCUAAUAUAGUGGAGGAGCUGAAGAAGACAGGGCUCACAGCGCCCCCUGCUGACCACUGCUCUGCUGGACCUGGAGAUGUGAGUUGUGAUGUGUGCACUGGGAGGAAGCUGAAGGCUGUCAGCUCCUGUCUGCAGUGUCUGGUCUCUUACUGUGAGACUCACCUCCAGCCUCAUCGUGAUGUGGCAGUACUACAGAAACACCAGCUGGUGGCGCCCUCUGACAAACUCCAGGAAAACCUCUGCUCUCAACACAACGAGGUGAAGAAGUUGUUCUGCCGCACAGAUCAGCAGAUCAUCUGUCACCUCUGUUCUGAGGACCAACACAAGGGCCAUGACACACUGUCCACUGCAGCAGAAAGGGCCCAGAGACAGACACAGCUGCAGGACAACAAGUCCCUGCUGCUCCAGAGUCUCCAGCACAAAGAGACAGACCUGAAGAAGCUCCAACAGGACGCCCGGGACAUCAAUGUCUCUGCCCAGAGAGCACUGCAGCAAAGUGAGGACAUGUUCUCUCAGAUGGUCCUUCUCCUGGAGAAAAGACGCUCUGAAGUGAAGCAGCAGAUCCAGUCUGAGCACGAGACCAAACUGAGUCAAGUCCAAGAGCUCCAAGACCAACUGCAGCAGGACAUCUGUGAUCUGAAGAGGACCAUCUCUGAGCUGGACACACUGUCCCUCACUCCGGAUCAUAACCAGUUUAUACUGCACUGUCCUCCACUGUCCACACUCACAAAGGAGACAGAGUCCAGUGUCCAGACCGGACUAAGAGGGGACUUUGAGGACAUGAUCCGAGCUGUGUCAGUGCUCAAGGACAAACUGCAGCUCACUCUGAGAGAGUUUAAACUGACUGAACCUGAACCACGCACCAGAGAGGACUUCAUGAGAUAUGCACAGGACAUUACACUGGACCCAAACACAGCAAACAAAUAUCUGUCUCUGUCUGAUGGAAACAGAAAAGUCACAUUUAUGAAACAAGAGCAGAGUUACCCUGAUCACCCAGAGAGGUUUGUUCAAAGGUUUCAGGUCAUGAGCAGAGAGAGUCUGACAGGCCGCUGUUACUGGGAGGUGGAGUGGAGUGAGGACUGGUGGGUUCAUAUAGCAGUGUCCUACAGGGACAUUAAGAGACAAGGGACCAUAAAGGAAUGUGCAUUUGGGUACAAUGAUAAAUCCUGGGCCUUAGACUGUUACAAGAGCCACUACUCAUUUUGUUUCAAUAAUGUCAAGUCUGAGGUCUCAGGUCCAAUUUCGUCCAGAAUCGGGGUUUACCUGGACCACAGUGCAGGGGCUCUGUCCUUUUACAGUGUUAAGGAAGAGAACAUGACCCUCCUCCACAAAGUCCACACCACCUUCACUCAACCUCUGUUCGCUGGAGUCAGGUUUAAUUACUUUGGAGACACUGCCCAUUUCAUUAAACUCAAAUAAAAUGUAUCUGUCUGUUCUGGUGAAGUUAGAGGAUGUAGACAGUGGGAGUGUUUUUAGAGAUGAAUGUAAAAUGUAAAGAUUCUGUUUAAGUUGAUCUAAAUCUAAUUCAUCUUGUACGUUUAAUGAUUAUUACGACUACAAUUACCACUAGCACAAUAGUAUUAUUAUUACUAGCUACUAUGACUACAUGAACUGAGAAACAAUAUCUACAGUUGUUUUUUGUAUUUCUGAGUUUUGAUCAAGUUUCUCUGACUUGGUUCAGAUGAUCAGACUUUUGAAGUCAUAUUUUCUGUCAUAGAAACAUAAUCAAAACUAAAUUGAAUAAUGUUGGGAGUGUUCAGUGUGUUCAGGGAAAAGGGUGUGGGCCUAUAACUUUAUAAAAAUAUAUUUUCUUUAUAUCAUUGUUUAUGAUUUUAUGAUAUUAUUUCUUGAGCACAUUUCUAAAAUCUGUUUAACAUCAGUGAUUUGUUGUAUAUGCAGAUAUAUAUAUGUAUUCUUUUUGGUGUGUUCAGAUAAAAAUAAAUAAAAUACUCAAACUAU